AUGCCCCCCCAUGACCCCGACCCCCAGCCAGCGGGCCCGAUCGACGCCGGACAUGUGCUGGGCUUCCUGGCCGCCGGGGAUGCCGGUCGCCAUAUCUGGGGGACGGCUGCUGCUGGUGCGGCGGCUGCUUCGGCCGAAGCCGGGCGUCCAGCCCGGCUGUCCGAUCUCCGUGGUGUGGACACCCUUCUCCGGCCGGGGAAGUCGCUAUACGGGCUGCUAUCCCGGGCGGCCGGCGGGGCGCCGCUGGUCUUUGAUCAGGCCACCGGGCGCCUGUCCUACCCUUUCCCGUCGCCGGUGGCCGGGACGCUGCUCCUGCGCCCGGGCGAUCUUGUUCCCCUCGCGAGCUCCCGGGAGCCGGGACCCGGCUCGCUGCGCGAUGGCCGGCCCCAUGCGCGGCCCAACUUGGAUGGGGCCUUCUUGAGUGUGGCGUCAGCGGUGGCGCAGGUUGCCGGGCUUGGUGCCGGCCCCUUUGCGCCAGAUCGCGACCUGGCGCUUCUUCUGUGGCUAAAUGUCUGGCUGGCCGACUCGGCUCCUGUGCAGACCGCGACCAGGGGCUCGCAGGAGACGGGCCACCGUCGCACCCGCUCUGGCUCUGUUGCUGACGCCGGUCCCACCAGUUCGGAGCCCGAUGCCAAUGUGGCCGAGAUCUUGGCCAGCCUGCCGGUGUUUGCUGUGUCCGCCGACCCGGCGGGGGAUGAGCAUUUCCGCGGCCCGGCAUUCGAGUUCCUUCGCGGCUAUCUGGCCCAUCUGCUGCAGGCCGGCAACACACAGGCCAUUGUGCCGUCGCUCCUGCUGGCCCUUUUGGCCGUCUCGGCUCAGCUGCUCGGCCAGCACAGCCUGCCCGCUGUGGAGCGCUUGAUUGAGUCCGGUGUCCCCGGCGCCGAGAUCCUCGUGGUGGCCCUGGAAUCGUCUCUGCCCCGGCGUGCAGACUGGCCGGCGCUCCUUUCGGGGGCUUGGACUUCCAGCCUGCUUUUGGGGCUGGCACUGCGCGAUGAGGGCCUGUGGCCGCGCUGCCUCGACAGCACCGGCACCCAGCUAGGCCGGCACCUUGCCCAGCGUGUGGCGCUUUUCGUCGAGCUCGGCCCGCAUGGCGAGCCCCCUUUGGAGGGCCUCUUCCAGGCUCUAUGUCAGGCCCAGGCCGGUGCCCCCACCGAAGCGGCCGGCGGAGUGCAGGGGAUCGCCCUUCCAUCGGUGCAGGUCAUCUUGGCUGCCGCCGGUGCCGCCCUCAACCGCGAGCUGCUCAAAGGCCCGGCAGAUGCCCCGCCGGAUGUGGCUGGCCUGCUGGAUGACCCGACCAGUUCACCCGGGGCCGAUGUCGGAGCGGACCCGGCUCAGGCCCUGCUGGAAAAUGCCCUCUCCGGCCAUGUGGCCAGUCUUCUUCAGGCCGCCCGUGGCGAAAUCCGUGCCCUGCUGGCGGCUGUCCUGGAAGCCCCGACCACCCCUGUGUCCACCUGGGCCGCGGAUCUCCGGCGUGAGACCACCCAUCUCGGCGCCCCGGCCGGGCGGCUGUACGACACGGGCAGGCUAAUGCGCGGCCUGCGUCAGAUCAUCGCCGGGAGUCCGGAAUGCGGGGCGGCCCUCAGGCGUCUGGAGAUCUGCUGUCGGGGCCUGCUCCUGGGUUUGCAGGUCCUGACGCCGCGGGAAGAGGAGCCCGGCUCGCCGGCGGGCGCCUUCCCGCACUUCCGACGGCCCCUUGCCCGGCCUCUGGUGCAGCUUCUGGCCGGCUGCCUGGUGGACGCCUGCCGGGAGCUGGACUUCGCGCAUGCGACCGACCUGGAAAGUUUGGUCCAGCUGAAUGAGCGUGCCGGGCGUCUGCACGCGGCGGUAGUCCUGCUGUCGCUUGGCCCGAUUGGGGCCUUUUUUGCACCGGUAUCCUAUUCGGACUUCGAGCAGUUCCUUCAACAGCCACGCACCGGCCAGGAAAUGCGCCAGGUGGCUGACUGGGCGCGUGGCCAGCUGGUAGAGCCGUACUACGUCGAAUGCCUUGAGGCCCUCACUGCCGGGCUGGUGCGCUUGUUCCAGUCGCUGGACAUCCCCGGUGCCCGGCCGCGCCCUUGGGCCGAGCGUUUGUGCGCAUGCGGGCAGCAGCUUCUCCCUGGACAGGCGCCAGCCGCGGGGGAGUCACUGACCGGGCGCGCGCUGCGGGCCCGGGUGUCUGUGCACAAUGGCACGGCUGUCUAUUUGGAAGCCACGUCCGCCUGGCUGGUGUCCGUGCUGCGAGCCUGCUCGGUGGCCACGGCCCCGGGACAAGCUGGCCCGGGGCUUUCGCUGGACGCCCUGAUGUCCGGAGCCCUCUUUUGUGCGGUCCUGGCCGGGGUUGCUUGUCGCCGGUGUGUCCUCCCACCGGGCGUCGGGGAUUCCGGCCCCUCGCUCGAGUGCAGCAGCCAGGCGGCCUCCGAAGCGGCCCCCCCCCUCACGGCCUUGGACCAUGCCGGCUGGGCUGGCUGCUUCCCGGAUGCCGCGCAACUGGCCCUGGCCAGCUUGCAUCUGACGCCUCAGCACUCCGAGGCGCCGGCCGCUCUGUGCCAGCUUCUCGGGCGCGGGGCCGGAAUGUUCCUGGCCGCCCGGGACCCCGGCCAGACGCUCCCGGCAUCCGUGCUGCUGAUUCCGUCCAAGCGGGACUCGCCGCUGCUCAGCUUCAGCCCGCUGGCCGAAGGGCCGUUCCUUGGCCUGGCCGGCUCGGCAGGCUGGGCCGCCCAGUGCGAGCUCCUCCGACAGACGGCACGCUGGCUGGACGACCUCGCCGGGGCCGGCGGCGGGGACCGAGAGCCGGACCCGACGGGCCAGGCCCGCGCCGGCCGGCGCCUCCAAUUCACGCGCCUGGGGUCGGUCGUGGUCCGACGGGUGGCUCCCGGUGGCCAGCCGCCCGUGGACUUCGCCCUCCCAUUGGCCUCGGCGGCGGUGCUCUUCUCCCUGGCUGAGUGGCCCUUUGUCGAGCUGGAGGAUGUGCAGCGCGGGGGCGGUUGCCUUUCCGGCUGCACGUUGACCGAACUCUCCCACACGAUGCGCCUGUCCGAGGCCGACCUCCGCCUUCGACUUGGCCCGCUGCUGGCUCGGGGCCUGGCCACAAUGGUGGGCCCCUCGCGCGUGGCUCUCCGGAGGGAGCCCCCCCCCGAGUUGUCCCCCGCUGUGGGCCCUUCGGAAGUGGAUCACCAUCUCUUGGGCUGGCUGGCGCCUGUGCUGUCGGAUGGGGUGCUGGCGCCGGCGACCGGGGCCCCGGCCGAGCAGGGCGGAUGUAAUCUCGCCCGUUUGUCGCGGGCCGAGGCCACGCGUGACCGGCGCUUCUGGAUGGAGUCGCGCUUGUGCCGGCGCCUGAAGGCCGAGCGCCAGCUUUCCCGGUCGCGCGCGACCCUAGUCUGCUUGGGACUGGAGGAGGCCUCCGCGGAGGAGGUGGCCGCACUGGAUCCCCCCCCGGCCGGGGGCCGGGAGCUCCUGCGUUUGGCCUGCCUCCGGGGGGCCUUGGGUGCUGCUGGCCCGGCGAGCCCGUCGUCGUCCAUCCCCUUCGCCGACCGGUCGCUGGUCCUGGCCAUGGGCGCAUGGGCGGAGGAGCUCCAGGGACGCCUCGAGCGGCGGCCCGGCUGUCCCAGCUCCCUGGCCUUUGCCCUGCGUGCCAACCGCCGAUACUGGUCCGCGAUGGGGUCCUUCUGCCGGGCCUCGCCUUCGAUCCCGGCCGCCGAGGCGUUGGCGGCCUUUGAGCUCGCGCACCCGAACCAGAGUGGCAGCCCUGUGCAGGCCCCCUGUGACCUGCUCUCCGAGUGCCAAGCCGCCAUGGCCAGCAUCGUGGAUCUGGGCUACGCGGCGUGGAGCAAGGACGGCCAACAGCUGGAAUACCACAUCUAG